AUGCCCAACAGCAUGACGCUUGUUAAUCAGAUUGAACAAUUCAUUCCCGGGACCAUUCCGUUUGCACAAUACCUCGAGCAGUUGGAGUGGGUUUUCGCUCACCACCAGGUGGAGCAGGAUGAAGAUAAGAAGAAGGCGUUUCUGGCUGCGAGCAGCAGGGAGGUAUACACCGAGCUGAAAAAGUUGUUCCCCGGAAAAGACCUGAAAAAGGAAACGUUCGUGUCGAUAACCACUGCGUUACAAAAAAGAUAUGACAAGACUGACAGCGACAUGAUUCAGCGUUUUAAAUUUUAUCAGCGCAAGCAGCGGGAAAACGAGAGUGCUGAAGAUUUCAUCCUAAACGUGAAACAACAAGCGGAGCUUUGUGAUUUCGGGCAGUUUAAGGAUCAGGCCAUCCGGGACCGUCUUGUGUGUGGGUUGAACGAUGAAGUGCUUAGGCAGCGGCUCUUUGACGAGGAAGAUCUCACGUUAACAAAAGUAGAAAAAAUGAUCGUAAACAGAGAGCUCGCUACGGUGCGGGCCAAGCUAGUGUCGGACAAUGAUGUUUAUAGGGGAAAUGUGCUUAAUCGUGUUGGUGACCGUGACAGAAACAACAGAGGGCACGGUGCGCCCAGUUUCCGUGGUCGAUCGCGCAGCAGGGGGCGUCCGGGAGGUAGAAGAGAGAGAAGCCGUUCGUUUUCUGCGGGCCGCAGGCACCGUUCUCCGACGGCGAAUAAGCGUAAAUUUUUCUGUACUAAUUGUCGUCGGCCUGGUCACACGCGCAGUUAUUGUUUUGAUUUACCGGAAAAUAAAAAAGCGGUGAAAUUUUUGGAUGAACCUGUUCCUAAAUCUACUGUUAAUCGUCGGUUGGUAAACUAUCGAGAAGACGAGAGUGAUUAUGACGAGGACAUGGACUGUCUAAUGAUCUCGUCUAUCAAGAAGUUGAGCGAGCCUUGCUUGCGUAAUGUUUACGUCGACGGAAAGCAGAUUUCUGUUGAGGUUAUUUUCAACGGCAUCAGGCGAAACGUCAAGCUGAUCGUGCUUCGUUGUAGCAGUGUUUUUGCUCCUCUUCUCGGGCGAGACUGGCUGGACGUGUUCACUCCGAGCUGGAGAGAUGCUUUUGGAAUCAGCGCUGGGAUUAAGCAGCUGGACGAUCAUCAUGAUCGUAUGGUCGAGGAGUUUAAGCGUUUCCGUUGGGGGCCGUGUUUACCUGGCUCACAGGAAUCAGCUUAAGGUGGCGCGUGGCGGCAACACGCGGGGCGGUCUGCUGGUGACGUCGCGGUACGAGAGUAUGCGGAAUCGAAAGAGAAGUCGUGAAGAAGAAGAAGACGACACCGACGAUGAAUUUUACGGUUUCGUCUCCGAUUCAUUCGUUUUCCACGAGCCGAUGGAUGUCGACCAAGAACCAUCUCGCGAGUUUGAUCCCCAAGAGGGUUCAUCAGGAAGUAGAAGAUUCUCUGAGAAUUUGCGUUCAGAAAACGAAGGUCAUUUGGAUCGUUCAGAAUUUAAUCCGCGUAGAUCGAGUAGAUUGAAAAAGGCAAAGAAAGAUAGCCGUUUUGUUUAUUUCUAAUUUGCAAUGUUAGGUUUUUGAAGAUUAAUUAUUUUGCGUCUUUUCGUUUGAAUUCAUUCAUUCAGAAUUAUUGUUAGGAUUGAAAAUAAAAUUAUGAAUUGUAAUAUACUUUAACUCUAAAAGGGAAGAACUGUUAUGGCAACACUGAGUCGACGAAGUCGACAUUAGAAUUGUUGAAAAGUCGAUGAGCUGAGCUCUCCAAUAAAUAUCGUUCUCUUUUGCUGCGAA